AUGGGUUCAUCAACAUCAUCAUUACCACCAUCUGUCAGAAAUUAUCCUGUAAUUAUUAAAACAAAAAAUGGAAAACAAUUUUCUAUGAUGUAUCAUUCAUUAAUUGAACAUAUUCUUUUACUUCGAAAAGUUAUUAAUCAUCCAGAAAUGACACAAGAAGGACCGGAAUUAAAUUAUUAUAUUAAAGAUUAUUGUAAACGAAUGAGUAAAGGAAAAAUGAGAACAUAUGAUCAACAAGAAAACCUUCCAUGGCAACUUGAAUGGAUUUGGUAUGUUCACCGACUUCAUCCAUUGGCUUAUCUAAAUGAUUGUAAAACAACUUUCAGAAAUCAAAAAAAACCAUUUUCAUCAAACAACACUAAUUUACAAUUUAUUCCGUCGAUUGAUUUAAGAAGUGCUGUUAUUCGACAAAAAGAUUUUAAUGGUAGUAUUCGUAAAAAUAAUGAGCGUUAG